AUGUGCAGGGACAGCAAGCCGGGAGGCGGGGGAGCGGCGGACAAGCUCAAGGAGCAGCUCGACAAGAUGACGUACGAGCUCUCGGUGGCCCUGCAAGAGAAGGAGGCUGCGGUGGAGAACGAGGCGAGCCUCCAAGCCAGGUUGGCCCGCGUGAACGAGGCGCACCAGGAGGCGGUCCAGGGGCGCGCGCAGGCGGAGGGCAAGGCCGAGGAGCUGCGGCAGUCCCUCCUCCGCAUGACGGAAGCCCGCGAGCUGCACCGCAACCGCGUCACGUCGCUCGAGGAGAUGCUGAGCUACCUGGACACGUACAUGAGCAUGGUCCCGCCCUCGCACCGGCCCAAGAUCAGCCUGGAGGAGUACGCCAUGAACAACCGCCCCGAGGACGCCGCGCGGCCCACGUCCUCCGCGGCCGCGCGCGGGCUGCAGCGCACGGGCUCCAAGAACCUCGCGCGCGGCAAGGUCCCGUCGAACGGCGAACCACUGUCGCGCGCGGCGUCGAUGCGAGCGAGCGGGGGUUCCGGCAACUCGCAGGACAAGGCCAUGGCGCCCUCCGCGACGACAGGGCGCACGCGGGCUGCGUCGGAAGCGGCCACCGCGCCCGGCCGCACCUCCGCAGCGGAGCCCGCGGACGGCAACCCGGUCUACUCGGUCGGCGCCGCGGACUACACGCAGAAGAAGAAGACGGUGGCCGCGCACCAGGUGCCGCCGCGGCGCCGGGCGACGCACGCCGCUGAGCAACCGCACCCUGCGCCGGUGAAGGAGCUGUCGCGCGUGGACGAGGAGAGCGCCAUGCAGGCCAAGGCGUCGCAGCGGAACAUGUCGUUCCGCGUAAAACCGGACCCGGACGGCGUGCAGGAGCAGCGAGACGCGCUGCGGCGCGUCCUCAGCAAGAAGAUCUCCAGCCGCGGACUGCACUGA